AUGCUAGACUAUAAAUUAUUACACAUUCGAUAUCAUCGUAAAGGGUAUAAAUCAGAUGAAUAUAAGGCAGCACGGAAAAUCGUACACCUUCGAGUUGCAAAGCGUUUACUGCGAUUGUGUAAAAUAAAUACUGGUGUUUAUAUCAAGGCUGGUCAACAUCUUGCAUCUUUGACGUACAUAAUACCACGAGAAUUCACAGAAACCCUCGCCGUGCUGCAAGACAAAGCCCCAUAUAGAAGUAUGGAAGAUGUAGAAAGGGUGUUUAAAGAAGAGUUCGAUGGAGCUGUUCCGAGUGAUCUGUUCUCUGAAUUCGACGAGACACCUAUCGCGGCGGCUUCUUUGGCACAAGUGCAUAGAGCUAAAACAAGAGACGGAAGAGAAGCAGCCGUCAAAGUACAAUAUCCGGAUGUGUCUCGGCUGUUUAACGUAGACGUGUGGACUAUGCAAACCAUGUCAGAUGUGAUCUCGCAUUUCUUUCCUGAAUUCGAACUGGGAUGGAUAGUUGUCGAGUUUAAACAAAAUCUAAUAACAGAGUUUGAUUUUGAAAACGAAGCUCGAAAUGGAGAAACAACUAAACUGAGAUUCCGACAUCAUGGAGACCAGUUUUCUGUGCCUCAGAUCUAUUGGGAUCUGACGACGAAACGCAUUCUGUCGAUGGAAUUCAUUCGCGGCGUUAAAAUUAACGAUGUCGAGGGUUUGCGAUCACUUGGUGCUGAUCCAGUCUGGGUGCGCAAUUACUUGCUGAAGAUAUUCGCUGAAAUGAUAUUCUGUCACGGAAUAGUUCAUUGCGAUCCACAUCCCGGGAAUGCACUGGUUGCUCUGUCUCCAACGACAAAUAAGCCGCAACUGGUCCUUCUUGAUCAUGGGCUUUAUCGAGAGUUGUCUGAUGAGUUUCGAAAAGUAUAUUGUGGACUAUGGAGAGCAUUACUUUUGAAUGACAAUAAAGGAUUGAAGGAGGCAGCAGAAUUCUUGGGCGUAGCAGAGUAUGUGCAGUUUCUUCCGUUAAUAUUUACUCAACGGUUGCCCGACUCGUUGACACCACUUGGAGAAGACAUGCCGGACGAGGAACGCGCUAUGGUGCACGAUCAGCUCAAGAGUGUGACGCUUAAUGAUUUUUUAAUUUUCCUUGAAUCUCUUCCGCGUGAUAUGUUGCUUGUAUUUCGUACGAUCAAUUUGCUACGCGGAAUACAUAGAGAAUUGGGUGGUAACUCUAUCGAAUCGUUUAAGAUUAAUGCUCGUUAUGCAACGCGCGGGUUUUGGUGUGAAACCCGGGAGGAGGAAAAGCAGCGUAUACAGAAGGCGAAGGCACGUGGAUUAAGUGGAGAUGAAGCGAUGGUCGGUCCGGUACGAAGAUGGUAUCUGUUUUCCGACGCUCCGAACAUUUGGAGAAGUUGGGGAUUUGUUAAAGAUAGACUAUAUAUGAGCAUUCGUCUGCGAGUAGCGGAACUGCUUGUGAGAUUUCUUCGGUGGUGGUAUGGUACGAGGACCACACCAUCGCUGGAGGCAGUAGUAUAG